UCCGUGAAGACCGUUUAGCACGUCAUCUGUCAUAGCUUUAACGCAGUGAACAUGUCUGUGUUUGUAACAAGAGAUCGCAGGUUAUGUGUUAAUGUGGCGUGACAAGUGGCAAACAGUCAGCAGGAAAAGGGAUACCGUCGCAGAUAACAUUCCAGGACCCGCUAUGGAAUCUCUUGCUUUGUCAAAAGGCAAAAAAUUAGUCCAUUUGGAUUUAAAGGGUGCUCCUCCUCGAAUGAACUACUUGCGUGAGAUCAUCAAUCUUUUUGCUGACCUUGGUGCAAAUGGAAUACUGAUCGAGUAUGAGGAUAUGUUUCCCUAUGAGGGAGAGCUGAAGAUUCUUCAGUCAAAUUCUCAUCCACCCUAUAGCCGUGAAGAAAUAAUUUCUAUUCAAGAUAUCGCAUAUUCCAGAGGGUUGGAAAUAAUUCCUUUGGUGCAGACAUUUGGACACCUUGAAUUUGUCCUGAAACACAGCAUCUUUCGGAAGUUACGAGAGGUAAGCCACUGCCUGGGCACCCUGAAUCCACACAUCAAGCAAGGAGUCACUCUUGUCAUGGAGAUGUUGCAUCAAGUUAUGGAGCUCCACCCUAAAAGUACAGCCCUACAUAUUGGGGCAGACGAGGUUUACAUGCUGGGUCAAGGAGAACAAUCUAAGGAGUGGCUUACCAAUCCAGGGUACAAUAUUCACAAACUGUUCCUCAGUUAUAUCACUAAGGUGGCAAAAGGCAUUCGGGAGAGCCACCCCAGCCUCAGUGUGAUAAUGUGGGAUGACAUGCUUAGAAGAAUGACCUCUGACACUAUUAAAGAAAGUGAUCUUGUUGGACUAGUGCAACCCAUGCUUUGGGACUACAGCCCUGUUUUGGAUGUGGCCAACAAUAUUCAGCUAAUGGAGAAAUACAGAUCUGCAGGAUUAUCAAAGCAGUGGGUUGCAAGUUCUUUCAAAGGCUCUACCACUGUAUACACCUGUGUGACUAGUACACAAAGGCACGUGGACAACCAUCUUCAGUGGUUAAGAGUGGCUUCUGGCCUCUCACCUGGGAUUGAUCUACAGGGCAUUGCAUUAACUGGGUGGCAAAGAUAUGAUCACUUGUCUGUUUUGUGUGAACUGAUGCCUCUCAGCUUGCAUUCACUUGCUUCAUGUCUACAGACUCUUCUCCAUGGAAGCUUUACUCAAGAAGCUCAAAACAAGGUGAUGGAGGCAUUGGGAACUGGUACAAUUGACGUAAGCGACAUAGAGAGGUUGUCUAAGGGUAGCACCUGCUCCUACACGGGGAUGAAACUAGCUGAAAUCAUUGUACAGUUAAUGGCAAUGUUGGAGUCUCAAGAAAUGAGAGACUUUGAAAGCAGUAUGUAUGUGAGAGGCUGGUUCAGUCCUUACCACAGACAGAAAAAGAUCGUUAACCCACUUAUUGCAGAGCAAAUUCAGAAGCAGGCCAAAAUGUAUGUGGAAGCUGUAGAGCUUAAGGUGCUAGAGGUGAGCCAGGAGAUGUGCUUACUCUACCCAGCCUCAACAGUGGAAGAAUGGGUCACACAGCAUGUUACUCCAGUGCUGAAACCACUACAGGACAUACUGAAGGAUAUCCACACUGCUAUGGAGGACAUGAGACUUUCCAUUAAUGACUCCUGAAGCUGAAAUUAGAGUGCUUAGAUGUAUUCCUGAAAUGUAUUGAAAUUCAUGUAAAUGAUUCCUUUUAGUAGCAUGGUGGCUGGAUGCUACAGUGGUGUAAAAUGUUUGCCCCCUCCCUGAUAAACAUGCACCAAAAAAAAAAAAGCUAUCAUAUUUAAAGUGUUUCAGAUCAUACAAUUUUAAAUAUUAGACAACUCAU